GUGGAGUUUGCAGAACUGGAGAAACGAUCAGACCUGAGGGAGAUCUUGGACCGGAAUGACCCGAUCCCUCGAGAUCACGACCCAACGGAACUGAAGUUGACGAGAUCAGUAGACGAGAGGUGGAUCAGGGCGCACAGGGCCUUCACCACCCUGAAAACCAAGAUCGCGACGACCCCAGUCCUCCGCCAUUUCGACGAGACGAGAACGCCGCAUCCGGUCGGGUUCGCCAGUCGUACCUUGAAGCCGAAUGAGUUGAACUACAAUGUGACGGAGAAAGAGGUGUUGGCGUUGCUGAGGAUCUUCGAUAUCUACUACAAUUUGCUAGUAGGACGCGAGAUCCAGGUCCUGACGAGGUAUUCAACGUUGGCCUGGCUGUUCAAGUCUACGGGGUUGCAGGGCCGCUUGGGGCAAUGGUCUGCCCUCCUGGCCCCAUGGACACUCGAGAUCACGAAGUGCACGAAGGGCGAAGACGAGAUACUGGGGGCGAUCGCCGCUAGCAUCACGCCGAGGGCGAAGAUCGACGAUGCUCAGACCAAGAUCGCUCCCCGAAAAGAACCUAAACGCCGGAUCCCAGCGCCAAUACCCACCCGCGAUGUGUGGAGUCUUCCCGGAUGGGAGGUGGUCAAGGUCAGAUCAGGUAAUCUCGAGAACCUUACUGUGAACGAAGCCGAGUAUAACGGCUUGAUCUUGGGCCUCGACAUGCUAGAGGGUUUAGAUCGCAGACGCCUGGUGAUCUGCGGGGAUUCCAACCUAGUGAUCCGACAAGUACGGGGUGAGAUCGAUUGUAAGGCACCCGGGCUGACGUUAUUGAAGCGGAAGGCCCUCGACCGCCUAAGGAAAUGGAACGAUCAUGAGUUGGUUCACGUCAAGAGGGACUGGAACGGAAGUGCCGUCAGUCUAGCAAGCGCUGCGUUGCAACGACAAGGGGGAGUCGAGGUCCAGCGGACGCUCGGACACCAGGAUCUGGUUACCCUGAACCGGUUAGACGAGAUUUCGAUCUCCAAGACCGAGAAUCCAGUGGGUUUGAUCCGCGAAAUCCGAGUCGAUCGGAUCAAGCAAGCCCAAGAGGAAGAAGUAUGGAUCGCCGGCAUGAAGAAGUAUCUGAGUGGCUCGAUCGCGGAUCUCACCCAAGCGGAAGCAAGAUCGUAUGGUAAGAUCACGACCGACUACGAGGUGGACGAGCAGGAUCUACUCUUUUACUGCCCCCGACGCCGAGCGACGUAUCUGUUCCAGAUUAUCGCGAUGGAUCACAUACCGUCGCUACCUAGAUCCCACAAGGGGAACACAGAAUUACUGAUCUGGGUCGAUCUGUUCACGGGAUAUGUGAUCGCGAAGGCCAGCUCGUCUCGAUCGACCCAGACGGUUGCGGAAUCGUCUGAAGAGUGCGCCAACCGGACUGCUGAGAGAAUGGUGCAGACCGCGACCAGAGCGCUCAAGAUGUACGUCCGCGAUCUUGAUCAGAAGGAUUGGGGCGAAUAUGCUGAGCGCCUCACCUUUGCGAUCAACACGGCUCAUGAUCGGAUCCGAGAAGAUACCCCCACUAUUUGGUGUAUGGGUGGGAUCCGAGAUCGACAUUGGGGGCUACACUACCGAUUGAAGGAGGCCAUCUCAGAUCGGGCUGAACGACACAACGAGGACGCAGGAUCGCAUCAGAUCGAGGGUGGAUCCCGAGUUUGGUUGUACCUAGAUCGAGUGAAGGAAGGAUACGCGCGGAAAUUGGCUCACCUGUGGCACGGGCCGUUCCGGGUCGCUGAAAAGAUCAACGAAUUCAGUGUCAAGCUCGAGAUCGCAGGCACAGGAUAUCAAAUCUUCCCAGUGGUACGUGUGUCGAAGUUGAAGCUGGACAAGGACUUUUCAGAUCGACCACGCGUGGAGCUCACUGUUGAUGAGGCGGACCGCCUCGAUUUUGACUAG